CCCAUGCGGGGCGGCCCCGGGCGGCGGUGACAGAGCCGCUGCCGCCUCCCCGCGGGCCGGGCAGGGCCGGGCGGCAGGAUGGGGCUGGAGCUGUACCUGGACCUGCUCUCGCAGCCCUGCCGCUCCAUCUACAUCUUCGCCCGCAGCAACAACAUCCCCUUCGAGUUCAAGCAGGUGGAGCUCUUCAAAGACUCGGUGCUGGGGAAGAAGCCGGCGGCGGGGAGCGGCGCGGAGCAGCCCCAUGCAGGGCCAUCAAAUAGUGAAGGAGCUGGCAAAGUCAGCCUCUUGAAGAAGGUACCAGCACUAAAGGAUGGAGACUUUACCCUAGCAGAAUGCACCGCCAUUCUGUUGUAUCUGAGUCGGAAGUACAACACACCUGACCACUGGUACCCAUCAGACAUACAGAAACGGGCCCAGGUAGAUGAAUACCUCUCGUGGCAUCACGCUAACAUCCGGGCUAACGCUCCUAAGACCAUGUGGAUCAAGGUGCUGAUUCCCCUCUUCACAGGGCAGCCACUGCCCUCUGAGAAACUCCAGGAGGUUAUGGAGGGGCUUUCAGCUUCCCUGAAGCAAUUUGAGGAGAGGUUUCUGCAGGACAAGGCAUUUAUCAUUGGGAGUGAGAUCUCUCUGGCUGAUCUUGUGGCCGUGGUGGAGCUGAUGCAGCCUGUGGGAGCUGGUUGUGAUGUCUUUGAAGACAGACCUCGGCUGAUGGAGUGGCGCAGGCGGGUGGAGGAUGCUGUGGGGAAAGAGCUUUUCCUUCAAGCCCAUGAGAUGAUCUUCAGUAUCCAAGAACUGAGCAGCAUUCAAAUUCAUCCGCAGCUGAAGGAGCAUCUGGCACCUGUGUUGAUGAAGAUACUGAAAUGAAUUAACCUAUCUUACCAUUUUUCAUGCGCCUUUUGUUUUAACCUCUUCUCUGACCCCCAGUUCUACAUGUAACUAGAAAGAGCAUUGUAAUUCUAACACAGAAACUGCAGAGUGUUUCUCCCCCUACCAGACCUUUCUUGUAUCUUUGUGUAUGGAAGCUGGGGAAGGCUUAAGACCUGAAACAUGAAUUCAUCCAGAAGGCUGAGGCCCUACGGGUCA